UGAAGCCCCGCACAGCGAAACCUGUGGGGUUGGAAGUCCAGUGAUCCGGAGCAGCAGACCAACCCACGAUGCCAUCGUCCGAAGAUGAGAACUCGCCGGCCGUGUCCGAGUCGGAAUCCGAGUCGGAGAUGAAGGCCGACCCCGGCUCGAAGAAGCGCAAGCUGGACAAGAAGGGCAAGACCAAGGCGGCCAAAAAGAGCCGCGUCAUGGACAGUGACGACGAGAAGCCCCGCAAGAAGAACGCCUUUGUUGAAGAGGAAGCGUCCGAGAGCGAUGACGACGGGAAGGAGAUCGACUCGUCCGAAGAAGAGGACGUCGAAGAAGACAACACGUACGUCAACGACGGCUUCGUCGUCGGCGACGACGACGAGAGCGAUGAAGACGAAGGCCGGGGCCAUCGCAAGCGCAAGAAGAAGAAGGACAAGAAGCGCUCGCGCUUGCGCCAAGGCCGGGACGACGACGACCUGGACGACGACGACAUUGAUCUCAUUCAAGAAAACUUGGGUAUCAAGAAGAACCGCGACCGCUCCUACAGCGACGGCGGCGACUUUGACUCGGAUGGCUCGGCCAAGAAGGCGUCCAAGAAGGUGAAGAAGAAGGCCGAGAAGAUCAACGCCGACAUGUCCAAAGACAUGUUUGGUGCGUCAGAUGACGAUGAAGAUGCUGCGCCGGUGCGCAAGGGCGACGGUUACGGCGACGAGGCCGAGUACGACAGUGAUGAUGGCUUCAUCGUGUCGGAAGAUGAAGACGGCAACGGGCGUCAAAAGACGGGCCACCGCCCCGUGAAGAAGCCGCGCCAGUCGAUGGAGAUCGCUCAAGGUCCGUCUUUGUACCAGCUCGAUGAAGCCGAGGAGCUCUUCGGUGACGCCGAGGCCUUCUUGGAGGCAACGCGUGGCCACAUUACGCAAGAGUCGGCCGAGAAGGACAAGCGUGCAAUCUUGAUCGACAAGUACGAGCCCAGUGUCUUGAAGGAAUUCCACAUGACGGCCAACGACGCGGCUGUCCGCGAGCGCGACGAGCCCGAGCGCUACAUCCAGAUGUUUGCGCAGCGGCGGUUCCCGGACCCCGAAGAGCGUGCAGAGGAAGCCGAGUGGAUGGUCGACAGUGUCUUGAAGAAGCUCGAGGCCAAGUACACGGGCCAGCGCGGUGUGCGCGGCAACCUUGUGACUGCGAUCGACAACGUCCUCCGCUUCUACCAUGAAGACAAGCUGGAGCCGGCGUUCGUUCAGCGCUACUGCAAGGAGUACUGGAAGACCGCGGGGCUUCACAGCGAGCAUUUGUAUCUUAUCCAAGACCUCGACAUCAAGUACGACAAGCUCCAGCGGAAGCGUGCGGCGCUGCAGGUCGGCAUGCAAAACGCCGUCGACGCGAGCGAGGCGCGCGAGAGCACGGCCGUGCGCAAGUGCUACCAGCAUGUCGUGCGCAGCCCGGAAGAGAAGCACUUGGCCGAUCUCUCACUCGCGUUUUCGACGCUGGACGUGCGCGAGAAGAGCAAUGCGGCUGGCCUCAAGCGCCCCGGUCGACGGACAUUUUACAACGUGUGCGUCAAGGCUGGCCUCAAGGGCCUCGCCGCGCAGUUCACGAUGAGCGCGACUGUUCUCGGUGGCGUCUUGGCGGGCAUCUUGACGGACGGCGAAGGCCAAGUCGAAACGCCGACCGCCAGUCUCGGUGACAUUUGCAUGACGUACCUCUCGAACGAAUUUCCGACGAUUCCGGACGUCCUCAAGGGCGCACGCCACGUCGCGGCGUACCAAGUCGCGUCCGACCCGAACGUGCGCCAGCGCAUGCGCGACCUCUUCCAUCGCUUCGCCUCGCUCACGACGGUCACGACCAAGAAGGGCGUCGAGGAAAUCGACGAGUUUCACUACUGCCACGGUCUCCAGUACCUCGAAGGCAUGGCGGCGCUGGACGUUUUUGGAACGGAUUUGUACAUGCGGGUCGAGAAGGCCGAGAAAGAAGGGUUUGUGACGGCGCACGUCUCGGUGGACCACCUCGUCUUGAUUGAGAGCCUCGAGCAGAUCUACCUCGCGCCGGGCGACAGCAGCGAAUGGCAGAGCCACCGCCGUGACAUUCUCGCUGAGGCUGUCGUGGCAUUCUUGAUCCCGUCGCUUCAGGAAGAGCUGCGCCAGGAGUGGCGGCUCUCGGCGCAAGACGUUGUGCUGCGUCGGUGCGGCGACGCCAUGCGGAAGCGCGUCAUGGUCCGGCCAUUCGAAGCUCACGAAGGCGAGGACCCGCGCCUCAUCGGUAUUUACGUCGACGACGAAGAUCCGGAGGCCGUUGCCUACAUCGUCGCGCUCGACGAGAACGGAGAGCUCGUCGACAAGGUUCAGGGCCGGUGCUUGACGGCAACGUGCCUCGAGUCGCUCCAGACUGUACUCACGACGUUCUUGGAAGAGCACACGCGCACGUCGGCAGUUGUUAUCAACACGAGCGGCGGUCUAAAGUGCAUGGACAUGGGCGAGCUCGUCGACUCGGUUCGCAACAAGAUUCAUCGUGCCGAUGCCAGCGAACCGCGCGAGUACCUCCACGUGACGUUCCUCAAGGACGACGUCGCCCGCAUGUACAGCAAGUCGAAGCGCGCCGAGGCCGAGUUCCCGGAAGAGUCGACGGGCAUGCGUGCUGCGAUCGGGCUCGCGCGCUAUUUGCGCAACCCGCUCGCGGAGCUCAGCUCCAUGUGGGGCUUUGUCGCGCAGAACGAGCCAGGUCGUGGCCGUGAGCUUUUGUACCUCAACGUCGAUUUGUUCCAGAGCCACGUCAACAAGGACCUCCUCGUGAAAGAGUACGAGCGCAUCUUUACCCAGACCGUCAACAAGGUCGGCGUCGACAUCAACUACGUGGCCAACUAUGCGCACGCGUCGUACGUGCUGCAGUUCGUCUCGGGUCUCGGGCCGAUCAAGGCCUUGGCGCUCAUUGAGAAGAUCAAGGCAGCGGGGUACCUCGAGAAGCGCCAGGAUUUACUCAAGAUGGUGUCGGGCGCUGUCGUGUACCGCAACUGCGCGGGUUUUGUCCGCAUCCGCGAGCGUGACGCGCUCAAGGAGUCACCGCUCAACUCACUCGACGACACACGCAUCCACCCCGAGAGCUACUACAUGGCGGUCAAGAUGUGCGGUGACGCCAACAACAACACGACGAUGGAUUUGUACGACCCGGAUCAGUACUCGUACGCGGUCGAAGACACGAUGUUCCAGUCGGCAACUGCGAUCAAGAAUGCCAGCGCCAAGCGCCCGGCAAGCACGUCGAAGAAGAGUGAACGGCUCUCGGACGUCGAGAUCCAGGACUCGCUGGCGGACCUCGACUUGCCCGCGUAUGCCAACCGACUCGAGCUGCAGCAGAAGGGCCCGAAGCUCUUGACGCUCGAGCACAUCAAGCGCGAGCUGCGGUACCCGUACUUUGACCCGCGUGACAAGUACAAGGACCCGGUGCAGCUGGACCUCUUCUACCUCCUUCACAACGAGACGCGCGAGACGCUCCGCAUUGGUAUGGUCGUGCCGUGCCGCCUUAUCAAGAUGGCAGGUGAUCAGAUGGUCGUUGUUUCGCUCCACUCCAACAUCAAGGCGCAGCUCAAGAAGGAGCAUUUGCCCGACUACAUGACGGAGCGCGGCAAUGAGUACUUGCGCAUCAACGGGUUCCCGCGCGGCAUGCAAGUGAACGCCAAGAUCAUGGACUUUGUCCAGGACUACAACCGGUACCACUUGAGUCUCGCCUGCGACCAGCGGUCGAUCGUCAUGAUGACGGAAGAGAUCUUCAACCGCGGGUCGUUCCCGCGCGCCGUGAACGUCGACAAGAUUAUCAAGGACAGUCAGCACCGGUACGACUUGCUCGUGAACGAGCUGCCCCGCCCCGAGGAGGAAAAGUCAUACGACAACACGCGCAUUCAGAAAAAGUCCCAGCGCAAGCGCCGCCAGAUCAUCCACCCCGUGUUCCACAACGUCAACAUGAAGCAAGCGAUCGCCAAGCUCAAGACGCUCCCGGUCGGUGAUGUGGUGCUUCGCCCCGCGCGCGAGAACGUCGACCACUUGACGCUGACGUGGAAGGUCCUGGACGGCGUGUACCGCCACUUUGACGUGCUCGAGAAGGACAAGCCGUCCGAAGGCCGCCUCGGUGCCAAGCUCAUCGUCAAGGACGAGACGUUCGAGUCGAUUGACGAGAUGAUUGCGCGGCUCAUUGACCCAAUGAACACGCUCGUUGACGAGAUUGUGCACCACAAGAACUACCGCAACGAAGACGCGCACGACAUUGGCGAGGCGCUCCUUGCCGAGAAAAAGGCCGACCCGAAGCGCAUCCCAUAUGCGAUCCACCCGUUCAAGGAGUACCCGGGCUGCUUCUCCGUGACGUUUGUCGCGCGCACGACGGCGCGGACGUGGAACAUGGAGGUCCGUGCCAACGGUUUCCGGUUCUUUGGCUCGGUCAACUCGUCGGUCCAGCCAUCUCUGGCGCACGCGCUUGCGUUUUUCAAGAAGACGGCGCUCGCGCCGCCAAAGUCCAAGCCGCGCACGAGCAACUACGCGUCGGGUUCGGGUAGCCGUACCGCCGAGCCGUCGCGCCCGUCGAGCUACAGCAGCAGUGGCCGCUCGGGCGAGCCCGCGCCGCGCACGUCGAGCUACAGCAGCGGGCAUCACAGCUCGCACGGUGCGAGCAGCUACCAGCCGCACGGAGGUAACAGCGGCGGUCCACGGUACGCCGACUAUGGCCGCCCGCCGCCGCCGGCGCACCACCAGGCGCCGCCCCACCACCACCAUGCCGGCGCACCGUACCAAGAGCGCCGGUACUAGGAACAGUUGUAGUUGAUGACUCGUUUUCGACGCCUUGCGACAUCAUAUAUGGUGCCUACUCGUGUACGA